AAAAUGGAGAGUGGAGAAGACGAAGAUGGAAAUGAUAUAGAAAUAUUACUAAAUUGUGAAAAAGACUAUGACGAAUCUUUGGACCCAAAAAUUACGCGAGUUGAAAUGCAUAAAGAAAGUGAAAAGAAAACGCCUGAGAAGAGAAAAGAGAGAGAAGAUGAUCUUAAUGAUGAAGAUGACUUUAUUACUGUGAAUAGGAGAAAGAAAAUAUUAAUUAGAAGUAACUCUGCAGGGUCACAAAAUCAGUUGAGGGUAGAUUCGGAAAAAAAAGAUGAUGAAAUGAACAACUUUGCAAGUAUUGAGGUGUGUGUAACUUCCUUAGAAAACUUACCUAAACAAAUGGCAUUUGCCCGAUUAUUGAGAUGUGAAAAUAUUAAGAAUGUUACAAGAAUAAAAUAUAAAAGUGUUAACAAAGUUUUAAUUCAGUUUCAAGAAAAAGAAGAUGCCACUAAAUUAAUGGAAUGUCAAAAAUUUAAAGAUAUGGGAUGGAGAUGCCAACUACUAAAUGAGAUGACCCUAUCCUACGGGGUAGUGAAAGGGGUGGAUCUUGAAUUAAAAGAAAAUGAUAUAAUGGAUAUAUUGGAAUGCAGUACAGAGAUAGUAUCAGUCAAAAGACUGAGACGCUUUAAUUCUGAGAAUAAAUGGAUUGAUUGUGAGUCUAUAAGAGUAUGUUUUAGAAGUAAUAAUCUCCCAUCACAUAUUUACGCAUAUGAUUGCCGUUUAAAAGUUGACCCCUACGUGUUCCCCGUAACACAGUGCUCUGGAUGUUGGCAAUUCGGACAUGUCCUAAAAUACUGUCCUACAAAGAAAAAAAUAUGUCCUAAAUGUGGUGGAAACCACGCAAAUUGCGAUAUAAGUAAUAUUUCGUGCUUAAACUGUAAAGGAAAUCACUUUGUGCUAGACAAAAAAUGCCCUCUAUAUUUGAAAGAAAAGGAUAUAAGAAAUAUCAUGAGUACAGAGCAGGUACCCUACAGAAAAGCACUUCAACUGCUUCUUGGUAAACAACAAGAGACAACUAUUUCUCAAAAUACAAUGCAAAAGUCAUCGCUUCCUACAAACCCACUAAACGAAUCUCAAACAUAUAGCAGCGUGCUUAUCAAGACACUACAAAAACGCAGACCGGAGAAGCCUUCACACAUUAUUCAGGAGAAGGAAGGAAGUGACGUACAAUGGCAACAAAACACCACAAAUAAGUCAUUUGAGAAAAAAACAAACAAACAUAUGCAAAGCAAGAAAAACCAAUCUCAGACAGAUAGAACAACGGAAAAAUAUAAUUAUGAGAGUUUUCCAUCACAAUCUGAAGACAAAGACAGUCAAAAAGAUAAAGAAUUACUUGAAAGAUUUGAAUUGAAGAAAUUUUUAAUUAUAAUUAAUAGAAUAUUUACAUCAGAAGGGACAUUUGAAGAAAAGAUAUUGUUGUUGUUUAAAAACAUAUUUGAAGAGCUAAAGAAAUUUGUAUUCAAUCUUUUGCUAAAAGGAAACUGGUUAGAUAACAUUAUUGAAUUUAUAAAUGCAUAAUACAAACAAAAAUAUAGGCAUCAACAUUAUCCAAUGGAACUCGCAUUCUCUGCGGCCCAAAAUGAUUUCAUUUACAGAACUAUUAAAUAAAGAAAAAAUUCAUAUAGCGAUCCUAAGCGAAACGUGGCUAGACAGUGAAAUUGACUUAAACGUAAGUGGCUAUAACAUCUAUCGAAAAGACAGAUAUGAUUCUUACGGCGGUGUUGCUAUUUUCAUUCAUAAAUCCAUCCGGUCACAUUCAAAUUUUUUUCAGGUUUUGAAUUCAGGUAUAGAAGUGAUAAGUGCUAAGUUGAUCAAUUGUAAAGAUUUAGAAUAUAUCGUUGCAGUUUAUUGUCCAUCUUCAGUUGUAACACAACCUUCGGACUGGGAACAAAUUUUCUCUCUUUUCCCAAAUAAAACUUUAAUAGCCGGUGACUUCAAUGGUCAUCACUCUAACUGGUCUAUCAAAACAGAUAUCAGAGGCACUCAAAUACUGGAUUCGUCGCUUGAAAAUUCCUUCGUUUCACUUAAUAGUUGCUCACCAACCAGAAUUAAACUAGUUAAUGGUACAUUGCAAAAAACGUCACCGGAUAUAUCAUUUGCUACUUCUGAUAUCGCAAUCAAAUUCGGUUGGAAAGUACUCAAUGAAAACCUAGGUAGUGAUCACCUGAUAAUUAAAAUGACAAUCACAAUACCGGAUGAUUUCCCGAUACAUAGGAAAAGGAAUUACAAAAAGGCAGAUUGGAAGGAAUAUAGAGAAUUUCUAUCUAAAACUUUUAGUGUGCAGUAUGAUGACAUCAAUAUCCAAGGUACUUACGACUUUUUUAUACAUCAAAUAAAUCUGGCAGCUGAUAAAUAUAUUCCAUUCAAUAAAUAUAGUUCUAAACCCACAAAAGAAUUCAAACCAAAAGAUUACUGGACACCUGAAUUGUCCCACCUUGUUGCACAACGAAGGUUAUGUCUAGCCAA